AACUGCCUUCACUUCACUAGAGUAUUCUUAUUAUAAAGAACACAAUAUUACAUUUUUCUAACUAGCUAUUUGUGUUCUUAUCAACAAUGAAUUCGUUCUAUUUCCUUAAGUCUCUUUUGGUUUGUGCUCUUAUUUUCGCCUUCUCGGUUGAAGCCACACUAGGUAACAUCGUGUGUGAAAACUUGAACAAGGAUUCAUGUGCAUUUGCGGUUUCAUCAAGUGGGAAACGAUGUGUGCUUGAGAAAAAUGUCCGAAGGAGUGGGAAAGAGGUGUUUGUUUGCACUACCUCACAAAUUGAUACUGAUCAAGUCACAAACUGGAUCGAAAGUGACCGUUGCCUAAAGGCAUGUGGGCUUGACCGUAAUGUUCUUGGGAUCUCUUCUGACUCCCUUCUCGACUCCAACUUCAUGCAAAAACUUUGCUCAACUCAAUGUUACACUGGUUGCCCCAACAUUGUUGAUCUAUAUUUUAAUCUUGCUGUGGGUGAAGGUGUAUAUUUGCCGAGCCUAUGCCAAACUGAUGGAGAUAACAAAAGAAGAGGGAUGAGUGAGAUCAGGAGCUCUGGCAAUGUUGCGCCUGGACCAACCGUGCCUGCAAAACUUAUGGUUGACGUUUCCCCGGCCAUGGCCCCAUCUCCCACCGGUCCCUUUUAGUGUGACUUCUUGCUAGAGUAGGCUGAUUAGCCAAAGUAUUUGAUAUAGUUAUACUCAAAAGAGGAUCACAUAUACAGAAAUAAAGGCGUAUAAUGGAUUAUACGCAAGAUGAUGUUACUUUAGAAAAAGUACUGCCACUUUUUUCUUCUUCAUAUAGUAUGGUUUGAGCUCCCAAAACACUUGAAUGUAGUCGUUUGGUUGGUAUACGUUCAUGUUAUAAAUACAUAUAUACUCAAUAAAAGUUUACUUCUUUUUCCUUUUAA